UAAAAGCUGUGAACCAUUAACUUACAUUUAAUGCUAGGAGGGCUGAAGAUAGAUUUGUCACUCUGUAGUGCUUUCACUGUCAAUUCUGUUAAAUUGUCACAAAAGUACUGAAAUUUUUAAAAGAGUAUUGCUCCCACAGCUUCCUAGUUGUUCCGGACUUUGAAUUAAAUGAGGUCCUGUAAGUUUUAAUGGAAUUAGAAGUGGAAGUGCUAAAGUGGGCUUGUAUUCGUAGUCAUCUGCUUUGCAGACUUGACAUCAGUAAAUCAUUACAAAAAGUGUCCAGCCAGUGUUUCUCGCAGUUGAACUGGGAAGACCUCUGUCUUUCUGACCUGGUCCAUUAUAAACUUUUCCAUUAGAAGCUUUGAUUUUUGUAAGGUUGGUUUGUUUUUUUUUCUCCUCCCCCUUUGGCUUGUCAGGUUUCGUAGCACCUUUUAUAUCUGCUUAACAUUUUUAGUGAUAUUGUACCACAACUACAUCUGUCCUUUAAUUCUGCAACGUUGUGGCUUGUGAUUGGGAUUUCAUAAGUGAUCUUUGUUUCUACAGCUGUAUAUCUGUGUUUAAUAAUGUUUCAUUUCUCCCUUAGCUUAAGCUAUGGAGGAGGACAUUCAUCCCAUUCAGAAACAGACCUUCACAGACAGACAUACACAGCUUCUCAUCAGCUUCCUGGAUACUCUGCUACACAACAUCCUGCUGGUCUUUCAGGAAUAUUUGAUACCAGUAUGCACAGUGCUGGAAGUAACACUAAGGAAACUUCUUCAGUUAUGAAUUUUCUCUCUGCUAUUGAGUCUCGUACUGCUCAAGCAGUCUCUUCAGGAUCUACCCUUUUACCACAAUUCAGGGCUCCUUCCUGGCAGACAGGUAUGCAUUCCUCAACAGCCACAGAACUAUUUGUUACUGGAGCUUUGCCAACCUCUGGAACAUUUCCACCAACAUCCGCUCUGUCAGCGUAUCAGCAUCCCAACACUUUCAGCAGUAGAAACUUUGCCACUACCCCUUCUCUUACUCUCCAAGAUACUACUUUCAGUGCUACAUCAAACGGUCUCUUAACUACCCAUGAUCCUUUAUUACAGAUUAAAACCUCGCAAGGCGCUGUCCCCACCGCUUUGACAUUCGAGCGCCUGGGCGGCUCUGUGCUAAGUACCAGCAUCCCCCCCCAGUCAUCAACAUACCGCUCCGCUCAAGAGUCCGCGCCCCAUCUCCUGCAGCCUCAGUUUAGUUUGUUGCCUUCGACCCUGGGAGGAGCCCAGCAGGUGUCCCAGGCGUACAGCACGUCUGCCUUCACCGGUUCCACCGCGGCGUCGAUCGACAGAGCGCUCCAGCGAGAAUGUAGUGUCAUUAAACACCAUCAGCGGCCUUCCAGCACUCAGUCUGUUCAGCCCCAGCUGGCUGUUUCCCAGCAUUCCUUACACAGCUAUUUGACGAGUAGCAGUGGAGUUAAUUUUCAGGAUACGUCCAGGCACUCGGCGUUAUCCUGCAGUCCGGUCGGAGAUGUUACUCAGGUGAGCAACGGAGGACCACAGCAGAAGACUUCUCAAGUCACGGUGGAACUCGCUCAGUCGUACACGUCUGCAAUUCCCUCGCCCGGUUUUCCGCCUGCUUCCACGGCAAAAGUGAAAAACUGUUCCAUGAAGCAGCCCCCGGGGUCCGCAAAGACCCCCAAACCUCAAAGUGUAGCUCCCACUGUGCAGACACAAAGCUAUGCCAAAACUGCACAGAACCAGAGUUCUGUCAUCACAGGCCAAGCACAGAUCUAUUCUACGGCACAGCUCCCGAGCCUCCUGUCGGUCAGUCAGUCCCAAAACUACGUGUCCUGCCAGGCUCAGAGUGUGCCACCUGUCAGUCACUCACAGGAUUUCUCGUCCAGCAAGGUUGAGAAGCUGCCCUCACUGUAUAAAACAUUGACUUUCUCUGGGCAAUCCCAAACCAUUACUUCCGACAGUCAGACUCUGAGUUACUCCUCAGAGGAACAGGCGUUGACCUCAGUUCCAAAUGACAACUACUCUGGGCAAAUGAGGGAACUUUCUUCAGUCAGCCAGUCUCAGAGCUACUCUUCUAGUCACUCUCAGGGUUUAUCUCCAGUUACCCAGUCCCAAGUUAAUUUUUCAUCUCAAUCACAAGUUUUAUCAGCCGUUAGUCCUUCAGAAAGCUAUUCUUCAGGGCAGUCUUUAACAUUGACGUCGCCUUCUCUUUCCUUUAACGCCUCUCCUCGGGUGCAAACCCUUCCAGCCUCGAGUCCUAAUCAAAGCUAUAUUUCUUUGCAUUCUUCUCAGAACUCUCAGUCGCAAGAAUCCUCCUCUCCACAGUCUCAAAAGUUUUUGCCCUCUGUCCAGUCUCCUUUUGCAUCCCCAGCUCAUUCCCAGACGCUGCAGAACAGCAGGCCUUCCUCGGAAACAAAGGCCUACGUGAAGAGGAAGUCUGACUCUAACUUGUACGCCUCAUCCAAACAGGAGGAGGAGUUAUCAAUGCAGGAGAUGCAGGCACUGCAACAGCAAGCUGCUCUUGAACCUUCCACUCAAAGCCUCGCCGAGGAGGAAAUCAACGCUCAGGAUGCAACAUAUAGGGUCUCAAAAGCAAACGACAGAUACUCUCAAAGCGUAAUCAGAAGUAACUCUCGCCUUGAGGAUCAAGUUGUCGGGCUCGCUCUUCAAGGAACGAAAAAGGACGAAAGAAUGGCCGGUUCUGUGGAGCAGCUUUCCCAGCACAUCGGCCACAUCAGCAGCCUAAGCCACGACAUGAAGAAGACGGCGAAUUUACUGCGAACGACGCAGGUGACCGUGAGCGCCAAGGAGCUGAACCAGCAGCGUUCUCUGAUGCACAAGGUACACGAGAGCAAGACUGCAGACCAGCAGGGCCAGGUCAUCAGUGCGGCACCGCAGGUGCAGCCUCAUGCCCUGAGGCACGGCCACCAGCUGUGUCUGCCCAGCGCGCAGGUCCUGCUGGAGUCGACCUGCGACCUGCAGAUCCUUCACCAGUCGAUACUGCAGGCGGGUUUGGGACAGGCAAAGGCGUCGCCGCAAGUGCAGAGGAUCCAGAGUCCCCAGCAGGUGACGCAUCCGUUCCUUCAGAUGGAUGGCCAUAUUAUUCAAAGUAACGGGGGUCAUUCCCAGCAGCAGCUGCACGGUCAGGGUUCAGAAGUCAUGAAAAUGGACAUUUCUGAGCCUUCGAAACCACUACAGCAGCAUUUGGCAGCGAAAGAUCAUUUCACUCAGACAAAUCAGCAUGACUCGAAAAAUCAGUUUGUUUCUCUUAGUUCAAUAUGUUUCCCAGAAUCUAUACUUCUCAGUGAUGAGAGGAAUAUAUUGUCCAAUGUGGAUGACAUCUUAGCAGCAACAGCAGCAGCCUGUGGAGUGACUCCAUCUGACUUUGCCAAAUCAGCUUCUAACGAAGAGGAAAUCCAGACUGUUGAAAACAGCGAGGAGUCCAAAGCACAGUUCCAGUCACUGGAUGUAAGACACGUGUCUUCUGUUUUUAGUGCCUCACCUACUGUAGUUGGAAAGCCAGCAAGCAGAAAUAAUAUCUCUCUGAACGGAGGCCAAAUUACUCUAAAUCUUACACCGGUGGCAGCAAUACAGACAAAAACUGUGAACCUGGAUCAGCAGCACAUUGAAACUUCCGAGCAAAAUGUACCAACGAGAAUGACCUCUCCCAGCCUUGGCCCCGGUCAGGAAGAGCAGGAACAAGGGGCAGUUCGAGUUAAGAAACAAUCCAGCAUCAGUCACGAAUCUGAAGAAGAUAACGAUGCUUCUGUCGAUGGUGCACUGAAUGCGAGAGACACAGAGUUUGUUUCCAGUGGUAGGAGCCUAAGUGAAGAAAGUGCUGCUUCGGAGAAUGAUUUUAAUGUGGGUGGUGAUGACGGUACAGUAGCAGGUAACCAGUCAAAGGUUCCAUUGCAGCCGCUAUCCCUGCCCCAGAGCGGAGAUGGAGCCGUUAACAGAACUGAAGAAGAAUGCCAAGAUUUAGCUCAAGGGAACCUCCAGAAGAAAAAAAGCAAAGGAAAGAGCCAAAACAAAAGUGCUGCAGAAGAUGACGGUGCAAUUCAGAAACAGGUAAAGAGAAGCGGGCAGUGUAAACGUCAGAAUUCCAGAGGAAACGACUCGUGUUUCACCUACUCCUCUCCUGUUUCUGAAAGCUGUUACGACACUUACCAACAUCAGGAGAGGAUGAGGCAAAAAAUUAAAGAAGUUGAAGAAAAGCAGCCCGAAGUCAAAACGGGAUUUAUUGCAUCUUUUUUAGACUUUCUCAAGUCCGGGCCUAGGCAACAGUUUUCGACCCCAGCUGUGCGAAUGCCAAACAGGACUAGGCGACCAGUUACACAAAUAGUUCGUGCCCCUUGCCCACAGCCCUCUGCAAAGCCCCAGCCAGCAGCAGCAACACCUGCAGCUGCUCCUGAGGUUAGUGGGGAAAGCCCGACCAAAAAAGCUGACGAAGAACUUAAGAAAAAUUUAGAAACGUUGCCUUCGUUUUCUUCUGAUGAAGAUGAUUCCGUGGGUGGUAACCACGACCUUCAGAAGAGCAUCUCUACUGCAUUGUCAGCCCUGGAUGACACAUCUGAUAGGAAGAUCAAAUCAGAAACCGAAAAGGGGACAGUUGUCACUGCUGCUGCCACCGCCACCACUGCUGUAACAAAGCAGGAACCUCCCCAGACAACUGCCCCUGUAGGCAACGUGCAGGAGAAAGUGAAUCCAGCUGAGCCCUUAAAAGCAGCUCAGCAGGAUGCUGUGACUUCAGAACAGCUGGCAAAAGCGCAGGAGGCCGUUGCGAUAGAAGGCUGCACCGACGAGGAGAACACGGACAGCGGAGGAGAGGGCAUGUACAGAGAACGUGACGAGUUCGUGGUGAAGAUUGAGGAUAUAGAGACACUAAAGGUUGCUUUGCAAACAGGGAAGGAACCUCCAGCUAUCUGGAAAGUACAGAAGGCUUUGCUGCAAAAGUUUGUUCCUGAAGUGCGAGACGGACAAAGAGAGUUUGCUGCUACUAACAGUUAUCUUGGGUAUUUUGGCGAUGCAAAAACAAAAUACAAGCGAGUGUAUGUGAAGUUUGUGGAAAAUGCAAACAAAAAGGAAUAUGUCAGAGUGUGCUCAAAAAAACCACGGAUCAAGCCUGUGCAGUCAGCAAGGACCAUUCACUGCAAACCGAGUAACAGCAACAUCAAACCCCCUGAUCCACCAACCCCAAAACCAACAGCAACAAAAGUCUCUUCCGUGAAACCCAAAGCUAAACAGCCAAAGGUAAAGGCUGAACCACCACCAAAGAAAAGGAAAAAGUGGAAAGAGGAAUUUUCAUCUUCCCAGUCCGAUUCUUCCCCCGAGGCCCAGAGCGAAGAGGAUGAGGUUGUACCUCCAGCUCCCCUCGUUACUCGCUUUUUGAACACAAGAGCUAUGAAGGAGACUUUUAAGAGCUACAUGGAGUUGCUUGUUAGCAUUGCCUUGGAUCCUGACACCAUGCAAGCCUUGGAAAAGAGCAAUGAUGAGCUGCUUUUGCCUCACAUGAGAAAGAUUGAUGGCAUGCUGAAUGACAAUAGGAAGAGGCUGCUCCCCAAAUUACGCUUGGAUCACGCUUUCAAGAACGCUUUGGAAAACUUCCCUGAGCUGACAGUGAUCACUCGGGACCCCAAGGCGAAAUGUGGAGGAACGUCCGUGUCCAAGAUCAAAAUGAAUGGGAAAGCUUACAACAAAAAAACACUGAGGGCUUCCAAGUCAACCACUAAAUUAGCACAGGAGUUUACAGUAGAUCCAGAAAAAAUACAGUUGUAUUCUUUAUAUCACUCACUCCAUCAUUACAAAUAUCACAUAUAUCUAACGUGUAAAGAAGAGAUUUCUUCUGUUCAGAAGACGAGCGCAGACCUGGGCCAGGAAGAGAUCGUGCAGCUGUGCAUGAAAAACAUCAAAUGGGUGGAGGAUCUUUUCGAAAAGUUUGGUGAACUUUUGAAUCGCGUGCAGCAGAAAUGCUCAUAACAAAAGUGCAUCCCAAACCUCCCCUUUUUUUUCUAUGGCACUAACCUGAUGGAACAGAAGGCUCAGAGAAAGGCUCUGAUUUCUUUCCCAAUGCCAGACUGCUUCUUGUUUCGUAGCCAUUUUUAUUUUCUCCUUCUGGAACUUCGUGCCUUGGCUCGUGCUGAGGAAAAGUGAUGCUGCCAAGGAAA